AUGAUCAUCUACACUCUGGUCCUUGAAUACCAUCCUUACUCCAAGAGUAUGUCUCCGACUACGAGUACCGAAACUGACUCCGAGUCCGUCCCUUCAGUGGGACCUGCAAGUGUGCCAACAACACCGGAGCAAAGCCUGAAUGGCGGCGCACACCAGCUCAAUACGGAGUCAAGCAGCAUCAGUACCACCGUGGAGGAGGAUAUCGAUCCAAAAUCUCGAGCUGCUGCAGGCCCAAUCCGAAGCAUCUGCUGCGUGGGCGCAGGGUAUGUCGGUGGUCCAACUGCCGCUGUCAUCGCACUAAAGAAUCCGCAUAUUCAAGUCAACGUUGUUGACAAAGAUGAGCGCCGGAUUCGAAAAUGGAACUCCAGACAUCUCCCCAUCUACGAGCCUGGCCUUGCUGAAAUUGUUCGGAUUGCACGCGAUGGAUUUCUGAUGGCGACAAGUGAUGAGCCACCGUCACUAACGUUCGAGGCCCAAGCCCACAAAGAACCUGCAGAGAAGAGUAUUUAUAGAAGACCAAACUUGUUCUUCUCCACCAAUGUGUCCAGAUUCAUUCGUGAAUCAGACAUUGUCAUCAUUGCCGUCAAUACUCCCACCAAAAUUCGAGGCUCAGGUGCAGGCAGUGCAACAGACAUGACUGCUUACCAGGCGGUAGCUGCAGAUGUUGUGCAACAUGCAAGAAGUGGCUCGAUCAUCGUGGAGAAGUCCACAGUUCCGUGUAGAACAGCCCAAAUGGUCCAGGAGAUGGCAUGUUACAUCCCUCCAUUUGAUUACGAGGCCACGCUGACCCUUUGUGUGCAGAUUGCUGUUCGUCGACCCGGAGCGCAGUUUGAAAUCCUGUCCAACCCCGAGUUCCUCGCAGCCGGGACUGCGAUUCAAGACCUUUUAAAUCCGGACCGAGUCAUCAUAGGAUCUGCAACAACCACGGAUGGACAAAACGCUGCAGAGAUACUAGCUAGCAUGUAUGCUGGUUGGGUCGACCGGGCCCGCAUCAUCACUACCAAUAUUUGGUCCUCAGAACUGGCAAAACUCGUCGCUAAUUCUAUGUUGGCCCAGCGACUGAGUAGCAUUAACAGCAUUUCUGCGAUCUGCGAGGCCACUGGGGCCCAGAUCAAUGAGGUGUCCACUUCGAUCGGUAUGGAUCACCGAAUCGGUGAGAAAUUUCUCCGCGCAGGCAUUGGGUUCGGUGGCAGCUGCUUCAAGAAGGAUGUCCUCAGCCUCGUGUAUCUUGCGGAAUCCUUGGGGCUCAAGGAAGUUGGGAAAUACUGGCGCCAGGUGGUGAUAAUGAAUGAAUACCAGCGCAACCGAUUCACCAGCCGUGUCAUCAGGUCCCUGGACAAUACUUUGGUCUGUAAAAAGAUUACCCUACUAGGAUAUGCAUUCAAGAAAAACACAUCGGACACUCGCGAAACACCUGCACUUGAGAUAAUCAAGACAUUGCUUGAUGAAAAUCCUGGUGAAAUCGCCAUCUUCGAUCCGUGCUGCAAUCCUUAUAUUAUUGAAAGUGAGAUCCGCCAGCUAUCUGGAUAUGGGUCUCCUACCCUCGGGGAUGAUGGUGGCGCUGUGAAAUGCUACUCGGAUGUCUAUGAAGCAUGUGCGUCAUCCAAUGCGAUACUCAUAGUCACCGAGUUUGAUGAGUUCCAAAAUACCGAUCCGGUCUGUUUCCCUUGUCCCUCCGAUCUCAACGCAGAUUCUAUACCAUUGAGUGCUGUUCCCAAUAGCCAUGCUCGGCAAGAAACCCUCUCUGGAGCCGGUACCAUGAGAGAGCCUGCCUCUGAUGGAUCCAUUGAAGAAAGGUUUCGUAUUGAGCCGAGUUGCGCCGCUGAUUGUAUAGACUGCCAGAGAGAGAACAAUAGGGAUACUUCAUUGUCUACUCUCACCGAUAAUUUCCCCAAGAAGAGAAUUAACUGGGAGCGCAUCGUGAAAAACAUGGAACCCCCGAAAUGGUUAUUUGAUGGACGGUGUAUCAUUGACACUAAGAAGAUGACCAAAUUGGGCAUUCGAGUCGAGAGUAUUGGCUCCGCUGAGAAUAACGGCUAA